AUGCGGGGAGGGAGAAAAGAUGGCGGAGUGAGAAGUAGUGACGGUGAGAGGCAGGAGAGAAAAGUCGAAGAAAAGCGGAGGGAAACGAGCUGGAGAGGAGAAGAGCACGGAGAUGGAGGGAGGAUAAGGAGGUGCAAUAAGGGAAUUGGAGGAGACGCGAAGGAGAAAGGAGGAAGAAAGAUAGAAGGAGGUAAAGUGAAGAGGAGGAUGAGUCGGCAGAACGGAGCGAAGAAGAAGGACGAGGAGUGGGGAGGAAGUCGAGCGGACGGAGCGAGAGAUCGAUGGGAGAGGGAGAAGAGGACAGGAGGAAAAGCGCAGGAGAAUGAUGAGGUACAAAAGACAGAGAAUCCGACAGAGCAUAGAAGAGGGAAGGAAGGGAGGUCGGAAGGGACGGCGGAAGGAGGGAGAGGAGUGAACAAGAGGUACAAGAGGCUGACGAGUACAGAGAAGCGAGAGAUCGAUAGUAGGGAGCGGAAGGAGAUUGGUCGGAGAGAUCGAGAGAUCGAUUCGGCAGGAGAAGGUAUGGAAGGAGAGGAAAGUGCGAGGAGGAAGUGA